CGAAACAUCAGUCUGGAACCACGAAAAUCGUCGAAAAGAUGGACGUGAAUCAGCUUAAGGAGAUCAAAGAAUUUCUUAUCGCCAUCGCCCAUGAGGCGGGCGAUAUGAUUACCACGGCUCACCCUUCUACUGGAGCGAGUGGCUCGAAGAAAAAUUCCGUGGACUUGGUGACGGAAACGGAUCGAGCGGUCGAGAAGAUGGUCUCAACUAAGCUACGAGAAAAGUAUCCGGGUUUCAGAUUCAUGGGUGAAGAAACAUACAAGCCUGGAGAUAUCCUCUCGGAUGAGCCAACUUUCAUCGUAGACCCAAUAGAUGGGACCACCAACUUCAUCCAUGCGUAUCCGUAUUUCUGCAUCUCACUAGGCUUCGCCAUCAAUAGGAUCCCGACAAUUGGAGUCGUCUACCAACCUUUCACGAAAACUAUGUACUCAGCUAUCAAGGGCCAGGGCGCCUUUAUGAAUGAGUCGAUACCUCUCCCCCUGAAAUCAAACCCCGAACCUCUGACUGAUCUUGCACGUUGUUUGAUAUGCGUAGAAUGGGGGAGUGAUCGCAGCGGAAAUGACUACGCCGUGAAGUCCAAGACUUUUUCAAAGCUCUGCGCAGCCAAAGAGGAAGGAGGAGCCAUGGUUCACUCCUUACGGUCACUGGGCUCAGCGGCGCUCAACCUGUGUGCCGUAGCGGCAGGACAAAUAGACGUCUACUGGGAAGCUGGAUGCUGGGCCUGGGAUGUCUGUGCUGGAUGGUGUAUUCUCAAUGAGGCCGGAGGCUUGAUGGCUGACGCAAAUCCCGGUAAUUGGGAGCCGAGAAUUGAUGAACGACGAUAUCUGGCGGUGAGAAAAGGUGAGGGCCAAAAGGCUAUUGUAGAAGAGCUCUGGAGUUAUGUGCAAGGCAAAUUUGAGGUUGGACUUUGAGUUAGAGCAAUGGCCACUUACCCGUCAUAGACUAUUUCUCAAAAAGAGAUGCUUUGCUCACAUAAAAAGGCUUUCCACAUCUUUAUAACUUAACAUGCCUUGGUCAAACCUAAACUUUAGGUUGACCAUGGGCUGUGUAGCGAUACAUGACACAACACAAACUUGUUAUCAUAUGAACAUUGCAU